GGCGAGUCUUCCCCGGCGGCCUGGGCGGAGGCCGCCGGCCGUGGCCCGAGGCCGCCUGUCCCGGUCCUGCUCGCUUCCCCCCCUCCGCGAGAGGCAAACGCUUCUCCGGCUGGAUUCUGCGGGUCGGUUUUAGUGCGUGAAGAUGGAGGAGGCUGGAGUUCCGUACGUUUCUUGCAGGACUCUACAGGGUCGCUUAUGGUGUUUCACCGUGAGAGCCCCGGGGGCGGGCAGGGUGUGCCCGGGGCGGUGCGACUCCGACUGCGGCGGCUGCUGGGGGGAGGCCGGGCCGCACUCGCCUCUGUCAGCGGGGCGGCGUUCGCCGCCCGAACGCUCUUAACACUGCCGUUUCAGCCAGUGAAUUACCUAGGCUUAUUCUUGCCUCUUUCUAACCUCUCUACAGACAGCUGCAUGCUGCUGCCUGGCACGCAGCUGGUUCGCCGGCCUCUCUGCUGCAUCCGUGCUUUGGGCCACCUGCCCUCACGCUCCCUCAUGAAUCUCGGGGAGCUCGUUUCUGCCCUGAAUGACUUUGCAUCCCUCUCGCUGGCUGAAAGCUGGGACAAUGUGGGGUUGCUAGUGGAACCAAGUCCUCCCCACACUGUGAACACCCUUUUCCUCACGAACGAUCUCACUGAGGAGGUGAUGGAAGAGGCAGUGCAGAAGAAGGCAGACCUUAUUCUUUCUUACCACCCUCCUAUAUUCACACCACUCAAGCAAGUAACGUGGAAGACCUGGAAGGAACGGCUGGUCAUCCGAGCCCUGGAGCACAGAAUUGGGAUUUACUCUCCACAUACGGCAUACGAUGCUAUACCUCACGGAGUCAAUAACUGGCUAACAAAGGGACUUGGUGCUUGUACUUUCAUCCCACUGCAUCCAUCAACUGCACCAAGCUAUCCAGCUGAGGGCACUCACCGGGUAGAAUUCUGCGCAGACAACACUGAGCAUCUGGACACGGUGCUGUCCAAAAUCAAAGGCAUCCAAGGUAUCUCCUGUCUCACUACUCUCCCUGCCAGGGUUGAAGGUGAGGAGCAAACACGAGUCACUUUGAGCUGCUCUCAGAAAGCACUGUUGGAGGUGGUGGCAUUAUUGUCCCAGAACAGCCUUUAUCACAAGACCGAGAUUCUCUUAUUACAAAAGCCGCUUCUUCCUCAUACUGGAAUGGGACGUCUGUGCACACUGAGCGAGCCAGUCUCCUUGUCAGACAUAAUUAAGCGUAUCAAAAGCCACCUAAAAUUACCCCACAUCCGCUUAGCUGUGGGAAUGGGCAAGACGCUAGAAUCGCCAGUGAAGAAAGCUGCUCUGUGUGCUGGUUCGGGGAGCAGCGUCCUGAAGGGAAUGGAAGCUGACCUCUAUCUCACAGGAGAGAUGUCCCACCAUGACGUUCUGGAUGCAGUUGCCAAUGGGAUAAGUGUUAUUCUGUGUGAGCACAGUAACACUGAGCGAGGCUUCUUGUCAGAGCUGCGUGACAUGCUAGCUGUCCACCUACAGAACAAAAUCAACAUAAUUGUGUCCAAGAAAGAUAGAGAUCCCCUCCAGGUGGCAUAGGGAAAGAAAAAAAACAGGAGUGAGAGUUCAUUCAAGAGUUUCAUGGUAUCUUGCACAGACCAAUCCAAUUGCAAGCUUAAUGAAGAUGCUCUGAAUUGGUUCAGUACAAAAUUCUUGUAUUCUGUGUUUCCUCAAAGUUUGGGAUAUAUUUUGUCAUCUGUCAGAUAAAUAAAUGCUUGUCUGGGGCUACAGAAGGCUGAUUUACUCAAUUACUGGGCUGUACUUGAAUGAAUUUACUGUUACUGCAUGCUCUUACUAGGUAUAUUUGAUAACCAUGAUACUCAAGGAUUGGUUUGGGUGAAAUAUAAAAACCUGACUUAUCUCCAGUUUUAAGCUUACACAGCAGUUCUACCCUACUACAGUUACGUCGAAUCAUGUCAGUACAAGUCACUGAUAUUUUAGCUAAUAAAUCUCAUGAUAAUAGUUAAUGAAAGGGUAUGGAUCACCCAUUUGCAUUAAGAGUUUUAUUAAGACAUUGCUCAUACACAAAUAUAAAACACAAUUCAGGUAUUUGGUACUAGUAUUCAACUGCACAACCUACCAUUAAUGCAGCUUUAAGGCUUUUUAGUAGAGGGACUCUCAAUUAAAAAAGCUUUGGAAGGUGAAAACUCAAUUCCUUAACAAAACUGUAAAUGAAUUUAAUGUGCCUUUGUUUCUUUUAAAAACAGUUUCUAUAACUAUGGCUCUUAAUUACAGGAUUACUAAAACUGAACAAGUAGCAUUUUUACCACUGAUAAUGCCUGGUUUUUAUUUAAGUUUUUUUUUUUUGUUGUGUCUGUUUUUAAAGAAAAAAAUAAUCUCCCAGUUGCAUACCUUACCAUCUCUGGAUUAAGUGCACACCAGAAGAAUAUUUAAACAAAAUGAAAAUAUUUCCAUUGCAAAUUUGUAAAGAUCUUGGCACCAUCCUUUUAAGCUUAAGUUAAUAAAACUGGCUUAUCAAGCAA